CAAUAUGGCUGCUCCAGUCGUUCCCAGUAGCUUUCAGAUUUACAACUCGUACGUCGAAGAUCCAAAAUGGCAAAUCAAAUUCACCAUCAUUUGGUGCUCUGGCUUGGCACUGACUGUGGUUGUCUCCAUUCCGAGUUUAAUUCUUGGUCUGAGACAUGGGCGUUCCCUCAAGGGAAUCACUGGAAUCUCAGAGACCGAUGGAUAUCAGCCCGCCCAUUCCGAUGGCAAGGAGCCACCGCCUAUCCGUCGAAGACAUCGUAGGUUGGUUGGAGCCUGGAAUGCUCUUAUCUCACCGACGUAUUGGUCUCCUGUGAAGCUCGGGCUCAAUCUCGGACAAAUCAUAGUCUUAUUGGCGUACCUCGCAGCUGUACCCGUCUGCAUCAUAAAGGAUGUACCUCUUAUUUCUAAUCCGAACAGAGCUGGAUUUCUCGCUCUUGCACAGUUUCCGGUUGUCUUUUUGUUCGCAACAAAAAACUCAAUUCUGUCCUUAUUGUUAGGACCAGGGAAUGGCUACGAGAAACUCAACUUCAUGCAUAGGAUGGCGGGAAGACCUAUGUUCUUCGGCGGAUGCAUUCAUGGAUCCCUGUUAAUUCGCAAUCUACAGCAUGGACUUGCAAUUCUUGGUCCUCAGAAAGUGACUUCGGGCGUGGCUUCGCUGGCCCUCCUCUCCAUCAUCGUCCUUCUGUCUUUGAGGCCAUGUUUCUUCGUCGUCCACGUUUUGACAUACGUGGCAUUCUUUGUCACCAUAUGCUACCAUAUGCUAUAUGCAUCGCCGUGGAUAUUCCCUCCCCUUGCAUUUUACGGCUCAGAUGUAUUAUUGCGCCUAUUCCGCUAUCGAAUCAAGGAUGCCACCCUCACUGCGCAGGACGCUCACAUGACUUUGAUCCGCGUUCAUAAUUGCGACGAUAGCUGGCUUGCUGGCCAGCAUGUCAGAUUGCGCGUUUUCUUUUCCAACAGAGUUUUUGAAUACAAUCCCUUCACUAUCCUCUCGGUAUCACCAUCUCAUUCUUGCCUCUCCUCACCUUGCAAACAAGAACGUUCACAAAUCAAUGAGAAGUCUGAGGGCAACUCGGAUGCCUUAGUUCAAGUCAUGCUGGAUGGUCCUUAUGGAGGGUCAAGCGUCGACCUGGGUUUGUACGAAAGCGUGUUUCUUGUAGCUGGCGGGUCUGGGGUCACAUUCACUCUUGGUCUGCUGGACGACAUCGUCGGCAGGUGUGUCAAACUAGGCCGCAGUCAGGAGGAACGAACGAGGAGAAUCGAGUUCACCUGGUGCAUUGGAUCAUUCGGUAUCUCAAUUUUGACUAUAGAUAGAAUGAUUUGCAUAGAUAUUGCUACGGCAGCGUCGAAUAGCACCAUAGACCUGCACAUCUCUAUUUUCGUGGCGUGCCUUUGCAAUCCGAAAGCGGUACCUGGAAUCCCUAACUCCAUCGACUUCAUCAAUCUUCCGCCGUCAUCUGAAAAGGAAGAUUUGAUCGAAACCCGAUGUGAUGAAAGCCAGAAAUCGCCUGGCUUGGGUGGGGGAGUCGUGGUCUGCGCUAGCAGCCCAGAGAGCUUGACGAGAGACGCGCAGAAUGCAGUCGCGAGAGCAACUCUGGUUUCCCAUCAAGUGGCGCAUCACCUGCCAGUACAACCUGUGACCUGAAUUUAGUUGGUUGGCCUAUCAGUUUACACUGGGAGCGGCGGCGAUUGAGCGGACGACAAUUAGCAUUCGAGUAUAG